AUCAAUAUAUUUCUACUUAUGUCUCAUUUAUUUAUAAUCUCUUUACAAUUCAUCCUGUCUUAUUUUUGAUUUGAUUACAAUUUCUCUUGAUUUAUCUCUAAAAAUUAAUAUCAAUAUAACGAUCCUUCUGUUAUUCACAAAUAAACGAGAUUCUUUUUAUAUUACGUAAAACUUUCGAAAUCACGAAAUAUCAUACUAAUUGUUGAUGUAAUCUUAAUAAAAUUGACAAUAAAAUACAGUACAUAAAAGAAGUAAGUAUGAUUCAGUACUUAUACAAAAGAAGGAAAAUAAAUAUACAAAGAAAAGCACUAACGAGCUUACAAGCAUACACAUAUAGUCCAUCUUAGCUUUUUAGUCUGAAUAUAAUAUAUUUAAAAGUUAUGAUAGAUGCAACAAUUCGUCGGUGGUAUCGAUAAAUCGUUUCGUUUGUGAAGUAGGUAAUCUAGCCGUAUUAUUAUGAAGUUAGUAAGAUUUUUGAUGAAACUCAGUCAUGAGACUGUAACGAUAGAAUUAAAAAAUGGCACUCAAGUCACCGGCACAAUUACAGGUGUUGAUGUUGCCAUGAACACACAUCUAAAAACAGUAAAAAUGACAAUAAAGAAUCGUGAACCAAUACAACUGGAAACCCUUAGUUUACGGGGAAACAAUAUAAGAUACUAUAUUUUGCCUGAUUCAUUACCAUUAGAAACAUUACUAAUUGAUGAUACACCAAAGGCUAAAGCUAAGAAGAGAGGUGCUGCCCGUGGUAGAGGACGCGGCGCCAGGGGCGGUAGAGGUGGCAGAGGUGAACGAGGGAGAGGCAGGCGAUAGUGACAUUCAACA